CAUAAUAGAAAAAUGUCUACAAUACCUUCAGUUCCAGGUUUAAAGCCCAAGACUAGCAAGAGAGGAGUCAAAAGAGCAAAGAUUUUAGAUGGAUCCUGUAAGAAACAACCAACCCAGUCCAAAAAGAACACUAAGAAGAAGUCUAAUAAAAAAGAAAAAGGAGAAAAGAAGAAUGAUUCUGGAUAUGAGAUAGACCUUACAGAUCCCAAAGCUUAUUUAUUCAAACCAAAGAAGAACAUAAAGGUCCCUUCAAUUUAAUAUAACAGGCUACGCAUUCUUCAUCAAAGAGAAAAAGACCCAAUUCGCAGCUGGAAAGAAAGAGAAUAAAAUUGCUCCUGUUCUUAUGAAGGAGUUUGGAAAGGAAUGGUCAGGGUUUACAGAAGAGCAGAAGGAGUCAUACAUGCAGAAAGCAAGAGAUGACAAAGUAAGGUAUGAGAGAGAAUUCAAAGAGUUUGCCAAGAAGUGUGGGAGCAUUCAAAGAAUCAGGCAAUGGGAGAAUAAAAGACCUAAGAAAGCUCUCUCUUCUUAUAUGAUAUUUGUGAAAGAAACACGUGCGAAGGUGUGAAAACAAUACCCUGAAUUGCAUUCCCUACAAAUCAUGAAAGAGGUUGGAAAACUCUGGAAGAGUCUUGAUACUAAUGCUAAAAGAGAAUUUGAAUCGAAGGCUCUAAUCGAUAAGCAGAGAUUUCUAAAAGAUAUGGAAAUUUUCGAGAAAGAACUUAACUCGAUAGAUUUUGGUCAGCAAGAAGAAAAAGCUGUUAAGCAUAACAGCAGGAUUCCUGAAAACUUUGAUGUUGAUAUUGUUCAAGAUAUCAAGACAACAGAGUCCAAUGCAUCUCAGUUCUUCAGCAACGAGAGUCUAUCAGAUGCUGCAAAUGAUGAUUGCGUCCAAGAGACAUCCAGAAAAAGAUUUGUUAUAGAAAAAUCACAUAUCGAAGAGACUAAUAGCAGUCCUAAUCAGAUCUAUUGUGGCCAGCCUCAAGGAAAUGGCGGCUAUGGCUGCAUUACAAAGCUUCAGCCGACCAUAGGACAAAUCUUGAGCUCUGAGAAAAAUGGAGAGAGUCAUAAUUACUCCAAACCCUUCCUCGUAUGUGUAGAUCAAGGAGAGGCUGUCAGGCUGGCUGAUGAAAACGAGCAGAGCCUAGAGACUCCUCCUCCUUUGAACCAGAUUUCGAAUAUUUUAAAUAAGAAUCUGAUAAAAGAAAAAUCAGAAAUUGAUAUUUUCGAAAAAGUCAGAACACCUCUGAUUGAGCCAUCUCAGAUGAUGGAUCCACCUUUCAAAUUUGAAUUAGAUGCAGACCAUCAUAAAGAGGAUUGUUUUCCUUUCUCAUCCCAGACAAGAUUCUUGCAUCAGAGCAGACCCUAUCUUCAUUUUGAAGAAUACUUAGACAACAUUGCUCACAACUCUUUUGAGAAUUGUUUCUAAACAGAGAAGGAAGAAGGCCUUAGCCUCAUAUUUAGUUUAUUUUGUGCUUUUGUUUUUAAUUUGCUUACUAU